AGUAGGAUGUCAACUGAGACAGAACUUCAAGUAGCUGUGAAAACCAGCGCCAAGAAAGACUCCAGAAAGAAAGGUCAGGAUCGCAGUGAAGCCACUUUGAUAAAGAGAUUUAAAGGUGAAGGGGUCCGGUACAAAGCCAAACUGAUCGGGAUUGAUGAAGUUUCCGCAGCUCGGGGAGACAAGUUAUGUCAAGAUUCCAUGAUGAAACUCAAGGGUGUUGUUGCUGGUGCUCGUUCCAAAGGAGAACACAAACAGAAAAUCUUUUUAACCAUCUCCUUUGGAGGAAUCAAAAUCUUUGAUGAGAAGACAGGGGCCCUUCAGCAUCAUCAUGCUGUUCACGAAAUUUCCUACAUUGCCAAGGACAUCACAGAUCACCGGGCCUUUGGAUACGUUUGUGGGAAGGAAGGGAAUCACAGAUUUGUGGCCAUAAAAACAGCCCAGGCGGCUGAACCUGUUAUCCUGGACUUGAGAGAUCUCUUUCAACUCAUUUAUGAAUUGAAGCAAAGAGAAGAAUUAGAAAAAAAGGCACAAAAGGAUAAGCAGUGUGAACAAGCUGUGUACCAGACGAUUUUGGAAGAGGAUGUUGAAGAUCCUGUAUACCAGUACAUUGUGUUUGAGGCUGGACAUGAGCCAAUCCGUGAUCCCGAAACAGAAGAAAACAUUUAUCAGGUUCCCACCAGCCAAAAGAAGGAAGGUGUUUAUGAUGUGCCAAAAAGCCAACCUGUAAGUGCUGUGACCCAAUUAGAACUUUUUGGGGACAUGUCCACCCCUCCUGAUAUAACCUCUCCUCCCACUCCUGCAACUCCAGGUGAUGCCUUUAUCCCAUCUUCAUCUCAGACACUUCCGGCGAGUGCAGACGUGUUUGGCUCUGUACCUUUUGGCACCGCUGCUGUACCCUCAGGUUAUGUUGCAAUGGGCGCCGUCCUCCCAUCCUUCUGGGGCCAGCAGCCCCUCGUCCAACAGCAGAUCGCCAUGGGUGCUCAGCCUCCAGUCACUCAGGUGAUGCCGGGGGCUCAGCCCAUCGCAUGGGGCCAGCCAGGUCUCUUUCCUGCCACUCAGCAGCCCUGGCCAGCUGUGGCCGGGCAGUUUCCGCCAGCCGCCUUCAUGCCCACACAAACUGUUAUGCCUUUGCCAGCUGCCAUGUUCCAAGGUCCCCUUACCCCCCUUGCAACUGUCCCAGGCACGAGUGACUCCACCAGGUCAAGUCCACAGACUGACAAGCCCAGGCAGAAAAUGGGGAAAGAAAUGUUUAAGGAUUUCCAGAUGGCCCAGCCUCCACCCGUGCCCUCCCGCAAACCCGACCAGCCCUCCCUCACCUGUACCUCAGAGGCCUUCUCCAGUUACUUCAACAAAGUCGGGGUGGCACAGGAUACGGACGACUGUGAUGACUUUGACAUCUCCCAGUUGAACUUGACCCCUGUGACUUCUACCACGCCAUCGACCAACUCACCUCCAACUCCAGCCCCUAGACAGAGCUCUCCAUCCAAAUCAUCCGCAUCUCAUGCCAGUGAUCCUACCACAGAUGACAUCUUCGAAGAGGGCUUUGAAAGUCCCAGCAAAAGUGAAGAGCAAGAAGCUCCUGAUGGAUCACAGGCCUCAUCCAACAGUGAUCCAUUUGGUGAGCCCAGUGGGGAGCCCAGUGGUGAUAAUAUAAGUCCGCAGGCCGGUAGCUAG